GUUUCAGUAAAACCGUCAGCGUUUCCAUCGCUCCCAUUCUUGUCUUCCUUUCGUUUCUUCUAGCAUUCUGUCGUGAAACUGAAUCUAAUACAUGGCUCCAAGGAGUAUAUUAUGAUAGUUCGCUUCUUCAUCACCUGGACGGUUCGUCGUCCAUGUGGAAGUUUGACUUGAGUGAUCCUUUAUUUGACUAUUUUAUUCUAGGGGUCGGCACAGCAUCAGCAUGGUUGUGUCUGGACCUGUUUAAAAUAAGCCUCGGUGAUCGAUCCCAUAACUUGAGGACUAAGGCAAAGGAAAUCUUAAGCGAAAGAAAACAAGGUUUUUGUUAGUUAUGGAGACACAAAACCCACAGUACUUUUCUGGAUUUUUCCAACCAGAAGAAGGGUGGUGACUUGAAAAGGAAAUGGAUCAAAUCGAAAGAUUCCAGAUGUUAAGUAUCCGUGUGCUUCGGAAUCCGCCAAAAAGAAGAUUUACUGGCGCUUCUGAAAGAGCAAAUUCCUUUCAACAGAACCCAAGUUUUACUCUUUUAUUCCGAUUCCUAUAAUAGCUGAUUUUUUUUUCAUUGGUUUUUAUCUGCGUUAAAGAUCAUAUCUGUUUCCGAUCACCAGAUACUUUCCCUUUCCUCUCGGGGCGAUCGAUGGUGAAAGUUGGUCCUCCUCACUUAAUGUUGUCUGAAACUUUUGGAUCUGAUCGUGCCAUGAUUUUUGUUCUACGCGAGGUUUUCCUAAAGGACUAAACUAGUAUAGCAUGACAGAAACUAACGUGUCUUCUGGGAUCGCUGAAGUUGAUCUUAAGCCUUUGAAGGAGACGCUUUUUGCCCAACAAGAAGUUCUGCAAAGUCUUUACGCAGAAUUGGACCAGGAAAGAGAAGCAUCAGCCACUGCAGCCAGUGAAGCCCUGGAAAUGAUCCUGCGUCUGCAAGGAGAAAAGGCUGCGGUGAAGAUGGAAGCAAAUCACUAUAAAAGAAUGGCAGAGGAGAAGAUAGGUCAUGCCGAGGCAACUCUUGAAUUCUUUGAAGAGCUCAUGAAUCAGAAGGAAAUGGAAAUAGCGUCUCUGGAGCUUCAAGUUCAGUCUUACAAACGCAAACUCGUGAGCUUGGGAUGUGAUCCGAAUGCAAUUGAACUUGAGUUGCCAGAACAGAAUGGAGAAACCAGUCAAAGUGGAAACAUGAGAAGGUUAAACUCAUUGCCCCCUAUCCCUAUUAAGAGCUCUUUAAGAGCCACUCUGAAGAUGGAAACAUUGCCUAGUCUAGUUUUAGAAACGAAAAUGGGGCAGAUCGCUGAGGAGGAAGUUACAGAGCAAAGCUUGGAUUUGGCUAGCAAAUCAGGAGACUGCGUAUGUGGAAAUGGAACCCUUAAUUCUUACUGGAACCAAAUCAAAAGGCUAGAUGAAAAAGUGAAAGUGAUGUCAGAUAUGAAACAAUGUGAAGGAGAAAAAACAGCAAAUUUGGAGAACAGAAGAUGGAAAUCAUGUUCAAAAUUUUCUCAGGGAAACAAGAUAACAUGUGAUCAACCUGACACAGUAUCUUCUACUAGCUUGAUUAGUAACUUCUAUGAUGUUUUUGACAUCCCACAACCUCGUGAGAAUCUCAAAGUCAGAGAAUAUUGGAAAAGGGCACUUGCAAAAUUUAAUGCAGAAACAGGGAACAGAGUAGCAAAACGAGACUCAGUGUCUGGGGGAGCAGUUGAAUCACUUGUUCAACAUAAAUCAGACAACCUUGAGAGCAUGCUUAGUUCAAACAAUGACAUCCAAAUAACCAGUCCAAAAGAUGCUAUGAAUUUGAUCGGCCAGAAGAAAGAAGUGGUGGAUAUAGAUUGCAGCGCUCAAGCUGAGUUUCAAAAAUUGUAUCAGAGAAUUGAGAGGAUGGAGAGGGAGAGAAUUAAUAAAAGGGAAGAGAUUGAACCUGAAGGGAAUGAGAAUGAGUCAUUGAGGUUAUUGAAAGAAAUACUUAGUCAACUCAGAUUAAUACAGUCAGAUAUUAGAAGUUGGAAAACCAAAAAAGCAACGCCUAAGGAUGAUUUGUGCUUGAGUCGUCUCCAAGAGGCAAUGCUGCACUUUUGGCUUUAAGUAUAGGAGGACCAUCUCAAAAAGCCAAUAAGCUGAAUUCAUUAUUUGUACAUGCCCUUUGUCUACAGAGAGGAUUGUUCAAGGUUUUUUAUUUUGGAUGGUUUCUUGUACAAAAAUAGAAUGACCAGGAAGUACAGAUCUUUUGAUUUGAACUUAAUGGCUGUAAAGUGGAUAUCGAGCUUGAACUCCAUAUUGUACAUUUGGCCCUCUUUUAGGGCUAACUCUGUUCUGCUCUGAGAUUGACAUAGUGGAUUGAAGAGCUACUUGAAUCUUGAUACUCUGCUUACCAUAAGAGAAAAUGAAAA